CGGCUCCAGGCUCACAUUCUUCUCCCUGUCCUCGCUGAGCAGAGGGCAAGAAGAGACCUAGGACCCUCUCACCCUCCGGGAUCAAGACCUUCUCCCCAGAGGCUCCUAAGUGGACACAGCUGUUUUUGUUGUUGCUCAGGUAGUCAUGACUCUGCCUCACAGCCCUGGAAGUGUGGGGGAGUCCCAGCCCCCCCAGGCCAUCCAGGUGCACAGGCUGGAACACAGGCAGGAGGAGGAGCAGAAGGAGGAGCGACAGCACAGCUUGCACAUGGGCUCCUCAGUGCGCAGGCGGACCUACCACAGCAGUGAGGAAGAGCAUCAGUUCAGCGCUGCCGACUACGCGCUGGCCGCUGCCCUGGCCUUGACGGCCUCCUCGGAGUUGUCCUGGGAAGCCCAGCUGAGGCGCCAGAGCUCCGCCGUGGAGCUGGAGGAGCGCGGCCAGAAGCGGGUGGGCUUCGGCAACGACUGCGAGCGCACGGAGGUCGACUACCUGCACACGCAGAGGCUGGUGCGCCAGCAUCGGGACUGGAAGGCGCUGGGGCAAUGGACAGAGGAGAAGGUCCAGAGGGCCAAGGAGCUGAGGGAGCUGUGUUCUGGCCGGGGACCCUGGUUCUGGAUCCCCCUUCGCUCCCAUGCCGUCUGGGAGCACACCACGGUCCGGCUGACCUGCACCAUCCAGGGCUCGCCUCCGCCCCAGGUCACCUGGUACAAAAAUGACAUGCGGAUUGAUCCCCGCCUCUUUUCUGCUGGCAAGUACCGAAUUACCAACAACUACGGGCUUCUGUCCCUGGAGAUCAGGAGAUGUACCAUGGAGGACUCAGCCACCUACACGGUGAAAGUGAAGAAUGCCUACGGCCAGGCCUCCUCCUUCGCCAAAGUCCUUGUCCGAACUUACCUGGGGAAGGAGGCUGGCUUCGAUUCUGAAAUCUUUAAAAGAUCCAUGUUUGGCCCCAGUGUGGAAUUCACAUCGGUGCUGAAGCCCGUCUUUGCCCGUGAGAAGGAGCCUUUCUCCCUGUCCUGCAUCUUUUCCGAUGAUGUGCUACAUGCCGAGCAGAACAUCCAGUGGUUCCGAGACGGCAGGGCCCUGAGGUCCUCAGGACACCGGCAAAUCCUCUACUCAGACCGCCAGGCAUCCCUGAAAGUGUCUUGUGCCCACAAGGAGGACGAGGGGCUGUACAGCAUCCGGGUGUCCUCACCCCUCGGGCCCCGAGAACAGAGCACCUAUGUAUUUGUGAGAGAUGCUGCAGCUGAGAAGCCGGGGGCCCCAGGCUCCCCACUGAAUGUCCGGUGCCUGAAUGUGAGCAGAGACUGCCUCAUCCUGACCUGGGCCCCACCCAGCGAUACCCGGGGCAACCCCAUCACCAGCUACUCCAUCGAGCGGUGCCAGGGCAACUCUGAGGAGUGGGUGCCUUGCCAUGAGGCCCCUGGGGGCACCUGCCGGUGCCCAAUCCAAGGCCUCAUCGAAGGCCAGAGCUACCGAUUCCGUGUGAGAGCCAUCAGUAAGGCAGGCCACAGCCUCCCCUCCAAGGCCUCAGAAGUAGUUGUCAUGCGUGACCCUGAUGCAGCCCAGAGGAAGACAGAAAUCCCCUUUGAUCUGGGCAGCAAGAUCACCGUCAGCAUGGCCGAUUUUGAAGAUGCCAUGACGACCAUCCCCUCGCCCCCAACCAAUGUCCAUGCCAGCGAGAUCCUGGAGUCCUAUGUGGUUCUGAGCUGGGAGGAACCAAGGCCCCGGGGCAAAGCCCCACUGACCUAUGCCCUGGAGAAGUCGGUCAUAGGCAGUGGUACCUGGGAGGCCAUCAGCUCAGAAAACCCAGUGAAAUCGCCAAGGUUCGCCCUCCUGAACCUGGAAAAAGGGAAGUCAUACGUCUUCAGAGUGCGGGCCAUGAACCAAUAUGGCAUGAGUGACCCCUCAGAGCCCAGCAAGCCCGUCGCCCUGAGAGGCAAGACAGCUACUCUGCCUCCUCCAGCUCAAGUUCAAGCUUUCCGAGACACGCAGACCUCUGUGUUCCUGACCUGGGAUCCUGUGAAUGGUGGCGCUGAGCUCCUGGGAUAUUACAUCUACUCCCGGGAGGCAGGGUCAUCUGAGUGGCAGACGGUCAACAACAAACCCAUCCAGGGCAGCAGGUUUACAGUUCCAGGGCUGAGGACGGGGAAGGAGUAUGAGUUUUGCAUCAGGUCUGUCAGUGAGGCCGGCGUGGGUGAGAGCUCAGCCCCCACGGAGCCCAUCAGGGCCAAGCAGGCACUGGCAACCCCGUCAGCCCCAUAUGAUUUUGCCCUCCUGCACUGCGGGAAGAAUGAAAUGGUCAUCGGAUGGAAAUCCCCCAAGCAUCGUGGAGGAGGCAAGAUCCUGGGCUACUACCUAGACCAGCAUGACUCAGAGGAGCCAGACUGGCACCCUGUCAACCAGCAGCCAGUCCCCAGCCGGGUCUGCAAGGUCAGCAACCUUCAUGAAGGCCACUUCUAUGAGUUCCGUGCCCGGGCAGCAAACUGGGCAGGUGUUGGUGAGCUGUCAGCCCCCAGCAGCCUAUUUGAGUGCAAAGAGUGGACGAUGCCCCAGCCAGGGCCCCCGUAUGAUGUGCAGGUGUCCGAAGUGCGGGCCACCUCCCUGAUGCUGCAAUGGGAGCCCCCAGUAUACACAGGGGCUGGGCCAGUCACCGGCUACCGCAUCAGUUUCCAGGAGGAAGGCUCUGAGGAGUGGAAGCAGAUCACCCCACACUCCAUCUCUGACACCCACUUCAGGGUGUCUGACCUGCAGACCGGGAAGAGAUAUGUGUUCCAGGUACAGGCCAUGAAUUCAGCAGGGCUGGGACAACCGUCGAUGCCCACUGACCCUGUGCUCCUGGAGGACAAGCCAGAUGCCCAUAAGAUCGAGGUUGGUGUGGAUGAAGAAGGCCAGAUCUACUUGGCUUUCGAAGCCCCGGAGGCCCCCGAUGACUCAGAGUUUCAGUGGUCCAAAGACUACCAGGGUCCGCCGGACCCCCAGAGGGUUCAGGUCCAGGAUGAAGCGAACAAGUCCAAGGUCAUCCUGAAAGAACCUGACCUUCAGGAUUUGGGCACCUACACAGUGGUAGUCACCGAUGCUGAUGAAGACAUCUCUGCAAGCCACACACUGACGGAGGAGGAGCUGGACAAGCUGAAGAAGUUGAGCCACGAGAUCAGAAACCCAGUGAUCAAACUGAUCUCCGGCUGGAACAUUGACAUCCUGGAGCAAGGAGAGGUGCGGCUGUGGCUGGAAGUAGAAAAGCUAUCUCCAGCUGCUGAGCUGCACCUCAUCUUCAAUGAGAAGGAGAUCUUCAGCUCGCCGAACCGCAAAAUCAACUUUGACCGUGAGAAGGGCCUGGUGGAAGUGAUCAUCCAGCACCUAUCUGAGGAUGACAAAGGGUCCUACACUGCUCAGCUCCAAGAUGGAAAAGCCAAAAACCAGAUCACCCUGGCCCUGGUGGAUGACGACUUUGACCAACUUCAGAGGAAGGCAGAUGCCAAGCGAAGAGACUGGAAGCGAAAACAGGGUCCCUACUUCCAGGAACCUUUGCAGUGGAAGGUCACCGAGGACUGCCGAGUGCUACUGACAUGCAAGGUGACCAACACCAAGAAGGAGACUCGCUUCCAAUGGUUCUUCCAGAAGAGAGAGGCGCCCGAUGGUCAGUACGACCCACAGACCGGAGAAGGGCUUAUUUGCAUUGAGGAGCUGUCCAGGGAGAACAAGGGACUCUACAGAGCAGUGGUUUCUGAUGACCGUGGCGAGGACGACACCAUCCUGGACCUCACAGGUGAAGCCCUGGAUGCCAUCUUCACUGAGCUGGGCAGGAUCGGUGCCCUCUCUGCAACUCCACUGAAGAUUCAGGGGACUGAGGAGGGCAUCCGGAUCUUCAGCAAGGUCAAGUACUACAACGUGGAGUACAUGAAGACCACCUGGUUUCACAAAGACAAGCGCCUGGAGAGCAGCGAUCGGAUCAGAGCAGGCACCACCCUGGACGAGAUCUGGCUGCACAUCCUGGACCCCAAAGACUCAGACAAGGGCAAAUACACCCUGGAAAUAGCUGCUGGGAAGGAAGUCCGGCAGCUCUCAGUGGAUCUCUCAGGGCAAGCUUUUGAUGAUGCCCUGGCCGAACACCAGAGACUGAAAGACUUGGCCAUCAUUGAGAAGAAUCGCGCCAAGGUAGUGAGGGGCCUGCCAGAUGUGGCCACCAUCAUGGAAGACAAGACCCUGUGCCUGACCUGCGUCAUCUCAGGAGACCCCACCCCUGAGAUCUCUUGGCUGAAGAAUGAUCAACCUGUCACCUUCCUUGACCGCUACCACAUGGAUGUGAAGGGGACAGAAGUGACCAUCACCAUCAAGAAGGUCAACAGUGAGGACAGUGGGCGUUAUGGUGUCUUUGUCAAGAACAAGUAUGGCUCCGAGACGGGCCAGGUCACUAUCAGUGUGUUCAAACAUGGGGAUGAGCCCAAGGAGCUAAAAAAGAUGUGAUGGGCAUGUCCUGGCACAGCCUGAGAUCCAGUCUGCAGGAACAGCAGGACCAAUCAGUGGGUCACAGCCUGGUAUGGGCCAAGGGGCAGGUAGAGGGAAGGGGACAGGGUGGGACCCAGGACAUGAAGGUAGGAGUAGAGUGAUGCACUAAAGGAAGAAGCAAAGCUCUGGCUAGAGUCCUAAGAGGGCUCCAGCAUGGCCAGGUGAGAGCUGCACUUGGAAUAGGAAACUUAGAUGUGAGACUCAAUUUCCAUUAGGCUCUUCAAAGCCUUGCCUUUCUCAUCAUCAGACAACCAUCCCUACAAAUCCCUAGGGAUCAUCUGCAGAAGUUCCUUGUAAUCCAUAUUCAGAUGCUUCUCCACAGGCGGCAACUUCACUCUGCAGAGGACAUUUGACAGUGUUGAUAUUUUGGGUGUCACAACUGGAGGUGUCCACUGGCAUCUAGUAGGUCAAGACCAAGUGUGUUGCUGUACACUACAGCUCUCCCUGCAUAGAAUUAUCCAAUCUAAGAUGUCGCUAAACCCCGCCAUAAACCAGUAUAUCCCAAUCCUCCUCUUUUAGGAUAUGAUCCUUUCAGUUCACAUAAGUUCAACAUUCAUUUGAAGUCUAGCAUGUAGCCAGGAAGAGUAGGGCACAUCUGUAAUCUCAUCACUUGGAAGGCUGAGGCAGGAGGAUCACUGUGAGUUCAAAGCCAGCCUAAACCACAAGGUGAAACCCUGUCUUAAAAAACAAAUAAACAAACCAAAGUCUAGCACAUGCUAGGCUGAGGACAGUACUAGAAAUAAUUCAAAGAUAAAUGUUACACAGGCUGGUAGGGUUACCAAACUGGGUACAAAUGACUCCAGGACAAGGCAGGAUAAGAAUUAUAAAAUAGGUCCAAGUAAAGUGCUACUAGUGGUCAGAGAAGAGAGACAAUUGGUCAUCCCAACUGGGAGGAGGUAGGGCUUUGAAACUCCUUCCCACCAUGGGCAGAGUUGGUGUGGGCCCUGAAAAAUGAGUCCAGUAUAGCUGUGAAGAUGGGACAAGGGCCCUUUGGGAGUGGGCAUAGCGAGAGCAAAGGCAAGGAGAGGCGUGCAGCUGCUCAGGCAGCCUGGGGCACCAGGCUUGGAACUGAUGACCUUCCUGGCUGCUUGCAGAAGGGGCCUCUGCCUAGUGUGACAGGCACUGGUUGGCCUUGCUUGAUGGAUCUCAAUACAGAGCCAGGCAUUUCCCUGCUCUCCAAUUUCUUUCUUUUAAAAACUAAGGUUGGGAAAAAAAUAAAAAUUACCAAAAAAAACCCGUUAAGGUUGGAGGGCAGAUUAUAGAAUUACAGAUAUUUGUUGUGAAAAUUUUAGAAAACCCUGGAAAGUGUAAGGGAGAAAAUAAAAAUCAUCUGUACUCCCAA